AAACCCCCGGAGCUGGAGCUGGAGCGAAGGGGCGCCGCGGGUCCCUCCCCAGCGCGCUGACAGCGGCUCCCCAGCCUCGGGCCCUUCCCCUCGCCGGCGGGACACACCCCCGCCCCUCCUCUAGCUCCGCCAGUUCCCGCCGGACCCACGGGGCGGCGAAGAGAGCGGGCGGACGAGCCAGGGAGCCCGGAGAGCGAGCGGCAGCGGCGCGGGAGGGGCAGGGGCGCGCGGCAGGCCCCCGGGAGCCGCCCGGGGCUCACCGAGCCCGCGUGCCCUCCGGGACCGUCCGCCGCCCCGGGGCCCUACCUGUGGGCGCCAGGAGCCCGGGCAGCGGCGCACCGGGCCGGGGUCACGGGUGGCCCCGGGGACCCGGGAAGCGGGAGAAGGAGCCGGAGCCCGGCCGGGAUGAGAAGGUGACACCGCCGGGGGGCGCCACUCGCUUAGUGGGGGAAGAUGCUUGCCUACUGCGUGCAAGACGCCACCGUGGUGGACGUGGAGAAGCGGAGGAACCCCUCCAAGCACUAUGUAUACAUCAUCAAUGUGACCUGGUCUGACUCCACCUCCCAGACCAUCUACCGGAGGUACAGCAAGUUCUUUGACCUGCAGAUGCAGCUUUUGGAUAAAUUUCCCAUCGAAGGUGGCCAGAAAGACCCCAAGCAGAGGAUCAUCCCCUUCCUCCCAGGAAAGAUCCUCUUCCGGAGAAGCCACAUCCGGGAUGUAGCUGUGAAGAGGCUGAAGCCCAUCGAUGAGUACUGCCGGGCACUCGUCCGACUGCCUCCUCACAUUUCACAGUGUGAUGAAGUCUUUCAGUUCUUUGAGGCCAGACCAGAGGAUGUCAACCCCCCAAAAGAGGACUAUGGCAGUUCCAAGAGGAAAUCAGUGUGGCUCUCCAGCUGGGCUGAGUCUCCUAAGAAGGACGUGACAGGUGCCGACACCAACACCGAGCCCAUGAUCCUGGAACAGUACGUGGUGGUGUCCAACUAUAAGAAGCAGGAGAACUCGGAGCUGAGCCUCCAGGCCGGGGAGGUGGUGGAUGUCAUCGAGAAGAACGAGAGCGGCUGGUGGUUCGUGAGCACCUCUGAGGAGCAGGGCUGGGUCCCUGCCACCUACCUGGAGGCCCAGAAUGGUACCCGGGAUGACUCAGACAUCAACACCUCCAAGACUGGGGAAGUGUCCAAGAGACGCAAGGCCCACCUGCGGCGCCUGGAUCGCCGGUGGACCCUGGGCGGGAUGGUCAACAGGCAGCACAGCCGAGAGGAGAAGUACGUCACUGUGCAGCCUUAUACCAGCCAAAGCAAGGACGAGAUUGACUUUGAGAAGGGUGUCACUGUGGAGGUGAUCCGGAAGAAUUUGGAGGGCUGGUGGUACAUCAGAUACCUGGGCAAAGAGGGCUGGGCGCCGGCAUCCUACCUGAAGAAGGCCAAGGAUGACCUGCCAGCACGGAAGAAGAAUCUGGCCGGCCCAGUGGAGAUCAUUGGGAACAUCAUGGAAAUCAGCAACCUGCUGAACAAGAAGGCAUCCGGGGACAAGGAGACUCCACCGGCCGAAAGCGAGGGCCCCGAGGCCCCAGUCACCAAGAAAGAGAUCAGCCUCCCCAUCCUCUGCAAUGCCUCCAACGGCAGUGCCCUGGGGGUGCCCGAGCGGACUGUCUCCAAGCUGGCCCCGGGCUCUCCAGCCGUGGCCAGGAUUGCCCCGCAGAGGGCCCAGAUCAGCUCCCCAAAUCUAAGGACAAGGCCCCCACCGCGCAGAGAAUCCAGCCUGGGGUUCCAGCUGCCGAAGCCACCAGAGCCCCCUUCCGUUGAAGUGGAGUACUACACCAUUGCCGAAUUCCAGUCAUGCAUUUCCGACGGGAUCAGCUUUCGAGGUGGACAGAAGGCAGAGGUCAUCGACAAGAACUCAGGGGGCUGGUGGUACGUGCAGAUCGGUGAGAAGGAGGGAUGGGCCCCCGCGUCCUACAUCGACAAGCGCAAGAAGCCCAACCUGAGCCGCCGCACAAGCACCCUGACCCGACCCAAGGUACCCCCACCAGCACCACCCAGCAAGUCCAAGGAGGCUGAGGAGGGUCCAGCAGGCGCUAACGAGAGCCAGGAUUCCCCGCUGAAGCUCAAGUACGAGGAGCCUGAGUAUGACAUCCCGGCCUUUGGCUUCGACUCCGAGCCCGAGCUGAGCGAGGAGCCCGUGGAGGACAGUGGCUCGGGGGACAGGCGGCCCACCCAGCCCCACAGGCCCUCGCCCGCCUCGUCGCUGCAGCGGGCCCGCUUCAAGGUGGGCGAGUCUUCGGAGGACGUGGCCCUGGAGGAAGAGACCAUCUACGAGAAUGAGGGCUUCCGGCCAUAUGCAGAUGACACCCUGUCAGCCAGAGGCUCCUCGGGGGACAGUGACUCCCCCAGGGGUUCCUCACUGUCCCUUGCCAGGAAAAACUCCCCCAAAUCGGGCUCUCCCAAAUCAUCGUCACUCCUAAAGCUCAAGGCAGAGAAGAAUGCCCAGGCAGAGCUGGGCAAGAACCAUUCCUCGGCCUCCUUCUCCUCGUCCAUCACCAUCAACACCACUUGCUCCUCCUCCUCCUCCUCCUCCUCAUCCUCCUUGACCAAAAACAGCAGCGACCUGAAGCCCCGAUCUGCCUCGGACGCAGGCAUCCGGGGCACUCCCAAGGUUGGGGCAAAGAAGGACUCUGACCUAAAGUCUGGGCUGACCGCCUGUGCCCGGGCCAAGCCAUUGGUCCGGCCCAAGCCCCUUCUGAACCGAGCAGAGUCCCAGAGUCAAGAGAAGAUGGACAUCAGCACUUUACGGCGCCAACUGAGACCCACGGGCCAGCUCCGCAGUGGUCUCAAGGGUUCCAAGAGCGAAGAUUCAGAGCUUCCCCCCACCGUGGCCUUUGAGGGUCCCCACAAGGGGUCCAGGAGGGGCUCAGCCGACCUCAUCACCCUCCCAGCCACUGCUCCCCCUUGUCUCACCAGGAAGGAUCAGGGAGGGCAGGCCACCUCCUAUCUGACGCGGAGUGCCUACCAGAAGGUCCAGGACUCGGAGAUCAGCUUCCCCGCAGGCGUGGAGGUGCAAGUGCUGGAGAAGCUGGAGAGCGGAUGGUGGUACGUGAGGUUUGGGGAGCUGGAGGGCUGGGCCCCUUCCCAUUAUUUGGUGCUUGGCGAGAAUGAGCAACCCGACCCCUCCGGCAAAGAACCGGAUGUGGUAACCACCAAGAGCAAGCAGAACGAGGGGAAGUCAGACAGCCUGGAAAAGAUUGAGAAGCGGGUCCAAGCGCUGAACACCGUCAACCAGAGCAAGAGGGCCACACCGCCCAUUCCCUCCAAGCCACCCGGGGGCUUCGGCAAGACCUCGGGUACCGGGGCGGUGAAGAUGAGGAACGGCGUGCGGCAGGUGGCAGUGAGGCCCCAGUCAGUUUUUGUGUCCCCGCCACCCAAGGACAACAAUCUGUCGUGUGCCCUGCGGAGGAACGAGUCCCUCACAGCCACCGACGGCCUCCGAGGCGUCCGCCGGAACUCCUCCUUCAGCACCGCCCGCUCAGCGGCCACAGAGGCCAAAGGCUGCCUGGCCGAGAGGGCUGCCAGCCAGGGCUCAGACGCACCCCUGCUGCCCACCCAGCGCAACGGCAUCCCCGUGUCCCCCGUGCGCCCCAAGCCCAUCGAGAAGUCCCAGUUCAUCCACAACAACCUCAAAGAUGUAUACUCUAUCGCGGACUACGAGGGAGAUGAGGAGACGGCAGGCUUCCAGGAGGGGGUGUCCAUGGAGGUUCUGGAGAGGAACCCCAAUGGCUGGUGGUACUGCCAGAUCCUGGAUGGGGCAAAGCCCUUCAAAGGCUGGGUGCCCUCCAACUACCUGGAGAAAAAGAACUAAGUGAGGGCAUGGGGCUCCUCUAGCCACGGUGUGCCACUGUCACUGCCCCUGUGCAUGAGCAGGGAGAUGAAGACCAUAGAAAGGGAAAACGGGUGGGGGGGAGGCAACACAAAACCCUGCAGGAUGUGCAGCUCAAAGACGCCCCUCAAGGCUGUGUCCCCCAGCUGGAAGGGCGGGCAUGGUGGGGAAGUGGCAGGGGAGCCUCAGGCCUGAACCCCAGAGGAGAGAAAGCUGAGCCCCAUGUCUGCCCCUUGGUGACUUCGCCGAUGGACUAGACGCCAGGUGGGAAACCCCACUGUGCCUUGGCUGCAAAUCUAGAAAAGAGGUAGGCGUCAGAGGCCUUCGUGCUCUGUCCCCUGCUCACUGAAACUGCUUAGCCCGGUUUCAGUGGCUGGCAUUUUGCCACCAGAGGUAGCCCUCAUAUGGCCCCAAUUUGUAUCUUGUGCGUGGUGCCGGGUUUCCUGGGAUUGCUGCCUUCCACCACAGGUGGGUGUUAGGAGACACUGCUGGCUCUGGAGCCUGGAAGAGUCCCACACGCACUCACCCUGUCCCUGGGCCUGGCUAGUGCCCGUGUCUGUUGGUUGAAGAAACAGCAGUUUCCUGGGUGCUGCUGAGGAUCACCAUUCUUAGCAGUUACCACCCCAGCCUUGAGAAGAGAACCCACCUUCCCGGGGCACCGUGGAGGACACGUUCAGCCCCAGAGCCUGCAGAGUGAGCGAAGCCAUCGGGCCCUUCUCAAUCUGCACAGACUUUAUUUUGGAUAUUUCUGGUUGAGCGGUUCCUCCACCUGUUUUAGGAGAAGUUUCUUGAUUUGCAUAUUUUGGGCCUUUGGCUUUAGUCUUAUUUUUGCGGUCGUUUGAUUAGUCUGUGGGAAAAGCCUGGGUAGUGGAUGGGCUUUUCUUUUGUGCUCUUGCUGGCGGUGGGGGUGUUUUGUUUUUGUUUAACAUCCCCCCGCCACCACCAUCAAGCCAAAAUAGUUCCACUGUGUGGGAGGAGGGAGCAAAGCGCUUGCCAGAGGGAUUUGGGGCCAGGCAAGCCCCAGGUCCCAGACAUGGCGAAGCAGGGAGAUUGCUCUUCUGGUUCUUGCCCAACCUCUGGGGCAAGAACCCUUCCCAGGAGCGAGGAGGGUGUUGUUCAGGAGCCAGCUGUCUGGGGCAGGCACCUCCCGGCUGCAGGGCCACCGCCAUCCUGAGUGUGUGCCGCCACCCUGGGCCGAGGGGAACCCGGCUGGGAUACCACAGGUACCCAAAAAGAUGGAGGAUCCGCGUGCCAGGAGCCAACCUGGUCUUCCCAAGGGGCAGUGCCCCAGUGAAGAGAGAAACAAAAGAAUAAAGUUGCCUGCAGGUCCCGUGUCAA